CAUUCAUGUCACUUCAUUUGCUUUGAAGCCAACAACAAACAAUGGUGUGUCCAUCCAAUCUCACAACUGCUACUGCAUUUCUCCUAUAUUUAGCUAUUCUCCUAAAUUUAGUGAGUGCCCAUAAUUUUAGUGAACUCUUUCAAUGUAACUGGGCACCAGAUCACUUUGUGGAUGAAGGAGACCAAAUUAAGCUUACACUUGAUACAGCUUCAGGAUCUGGGUUUGGGUCCAAAAGAAAGUACCUAUUUGGUAAAGCAAGUGUUCAGAUUAAGUUAGUAGAAGGUGAUUCUGCCGGAACAGUGACAGCUUUUUAUAUGUCGUCUGACGGGCCUAACCAUGAUGAGUUAGACUUCGAGUUUCUUGGAAAUCUUUCGAGUGAACCGUACUUGGUCCAGACGAAUGUGUACGUUAAUGGUACCGGAAAUCGGGAGCAGAGGCAUACACUAUGGUUUGAUCCAACAAUAGAUUUUCAUACAUACACUUUGCUAUGGAAUCACUACUAUAUCAUGUUUCUUGUUGAUGGGGUUCCUCUUCGGGUCUUUGCCAACAAGGAAGAAGCAACUUCUGUAUUGUACCCCAAAAACCAAGCCAUGGGAAUUUAUGGUUCUUUAUGGAAUGCCGAUGACUGGGCUACUCAAGGAGGGAUGGUGAAGACAAACUGGAGCUAUUCACCUUUCGUUUCAACUUUCCAAUCUUUUAAGGUAGAUGCUUGCGAAUUUUCACCGGAAAACGGAACUGUGAUCGGAAAAUGUAGUAAAGUGAGUCAGUAUCGUUGGGAUAAAUCAGCCAUGAAUGGGUUGAGUAAGCACAAAGAAGAGCAACUUAGAAGGGUUCGUGAAAAUCACUUGGUAUAUGACUACUGUGAGGAUACAGUGAGGUUCCCUGAACCACCAAAAGAAUGUUUGAAUUAGAUAAAGUAUUUUAAUCAAGGUUCCUUUUGCUUUUUU